CUCGGAAGUGCUCUCGUGGGGGGCGGGGGUGGGAUUUCUGGCUCUACCCCGCUGGUCGGGAGCGCUUGGACGUGCUUACUUCCGGCGAGGAAGUGCUGCGGAGUGUCGGCUUCGGCUUUUAUCUCCGUUUGUAAGAAGAAACCCGUCUUUCCCCACCCUUCGCUGCGGGAGCUUGGUCUUCCAGGAGAGCUCCCAGGGACGGGGGCCUUGAGCAAAAGGAAUGGCCUUUGUGUCCAGACGAAGGUCCUGUCCCUAACCUUGACCGGGCUGGUUUCCGUGGCUCGGGGUCAGGGGCGAUGGUGCGCAAUCCAGGUGCAAAAUCUGUAUCUAAAACCCUGGUUCUCUUCGGGACCCAUGAAAUCUCCUGUUGGUCAGUCAACCUCUUAUGGCUUGAACGACAAGACCGACUUUGACCACUGUAACGUUUUUGACCUCUGUUCCGACUUAAGUUUGGCUUGUGGUAGAGAGGAGGAGCGGCUGCGUCUGGACUAGUUAUAGGUUGCACAGUAAUGAAAGUGUCCUUGAGAAGAUCUCAGAGAGCAGAGAAACGGAUUUGAUCAGUGUAACCCAGCUUACGUGGAGCGAGAUCCCGCUGAGUUGGAAUGAUAAUGACAGGAUCUGGGGAAGUUAUAGACCUAGACCCUCCCUCGGAGUCUUCACCAGAGCAAGAAGACCUUCUGAUAGUGAAGGUGGAAGAAGAAGAUUGCACCUGGAUGCAGGAGUACAGUCCGCCGGUGUUCGAGACUUUUUACCAGCGCUUCAAGCACUUCCAGUACCACGAGGCGUCAGGCCCCCGGGAGGCUCUCAGCCAACUCCGAGUGCUCUGCUGCGAGUGGCUGCGGCCGGAGCUACACACCAAGGAGCAGAUCCUGGAGCUGCUGGUGCUCGAGCAGUUCCUGACCAUCCUGCCUGAACAGUUCCAGACCUGGGUGAGAGAGCAUCACCCUGAAAGCGGAGAGGAGGCUGUGGCCGUGGUAGAAAAUAUACAAAGAGAACUAGAGGAACGUCAGCAACAGAUUGUGGCGUGUCCUGAAGGGCUUCCUCCGAAGAGCGUGCCACCUGGAGCCGGGCCCGAGUCCUUCAGUCACCAGCUCCUGCCUGUGGACCCCCAGGCCGAACAUGAGCCACAGGGGCCUCAUCUUCUGGAGGAAGACGCGCUUCCUGCUCUCCAAGUUUCCUCCCUUCCCCUGAAGGACAGCCAGGAGCUGACAGCCUCGCUCCUCUCCACUGGGUCCCAGAAGUUGGUGAAAAUUGAAGAUGUGGCUGACGUGGCUGUGUCCUUCAUCCUGGAAGAAUGGGGACAUUUGGACCAGUCCCAGAAGUCCCUCUAUAGGGAUGACCGGAAGGAGAAUUAUGGGAGUAUGACUUCCAUGGAUUAUGAGUCCAGGAAUGACAACGUGGAACUCACAGUAAAGCACAUUUCUGAUGAAGCUGAAUCAUCCUGGAUGACUUCAGGAGGCCCUGAAAGAACUGUUCCCUCGAGUCAGGAGUUUGGAGAAGUUAACGACCUUCAUGGCAUGGUAGAAAGGUGGCAGGUCCACCCGCCAGGGGGGCGAUCAAGGCAGACCCCUCCCCAGAAGAGAGAGCUCGGGGCCAUCACCGACGUGACCCGGAAGCCACCCACCGGCGGCGAGAGGGGGCACAGGUGUAAUGACUGCGGGAAGUUCUUCCUGCAGGCCUCCAACUUCAUCCAGCACCGGCGAAUCCACACGGGCGAGAAGCCCUUCAAGUGUGGUGAGUGCGGGAAGAGCUACAACCAGCGCGUGCACCUCACCCAGCACCAGCGCGUCCACACCGGCGAGAAGCCCUACACGUGCCAGGUGUGCGGCAAGGCCUUCCGCGUCAGCUCCCACCUCGUCCAGCAUCACAGCGUGCACAGCGGCGAGCGGCCCUACGGCUGCCCUGAGUGCGGGAAGAGCUUCGGGCGCCACUCGCACCUGAUCGAGCACCUCAAGCGCCACUUCAGAGAGAAAUCCCAAAGAUGUGGCAGUAGAAGAAGUAAGAAUACAAAACUGAAUGUCAAGAAGAAAAUUUCAGAGUUUUCAGAAGCAGACAUGGAACCCACAGGCAGACUCCAAAGAAAUGUGUCUCCAGUUCAAGAUUUUGGAGAAGGCCACGAGCACCAGGGCAAGUUGGAGAGAAAGCAGGGAAUGUCCAUGAAAGAGAUACUAGGACAGCCCUCUUCAAAGAGGAUGAAUUUCAGCGAAGUCACCUAUGCCCACAAAAAGCCCUCCACUGGAGAGAGACCCCAUAAAUGUAAUGAAUGCGGGAAGAGCUUUAUUCAGAGCGCACAUCUUAUCCAGCAUCAGCGGAUACACACCGGGGAGAAACCGUUUAGGUGCGACGAGUGUGGGAAAAGCUACAAUCAGCGUGUGCACCUCACUCAGCAUCAGCGGGUCCACACGGGGGAGAAGCCUUACACCUGCCCCUUGUGCGGGAAAGCUUUCCGAGUGAGGUCUCACCUGGUCCAGCAUCAGAGCGUGCACAGCGGGGAGAGGCCCUUUAAGUGUAACGAGUGUGGGAAGGGCUUUGGGAGACGGUCACACCUUGCUGGGCAUCUGAGGCUUCACUCGAGAGAGAAGUCCCACCAGUGUCAUGAAUGCGGAGAAGUCUUUUUUCAGUACGUUAGCCUCAUUGAACACCAGGUGCUCCACAUGGGCCAGAAAAAUGAACAGAAUGGUGUUUGCGAGGAAGCAUACAGCUGGAACUUAACGGUGAUCGAAGAUAAGAAGAUUGAGUUGCAAGAGCAGCCUUAUAAGUGCGAUGUGUGUGGCAAAGCCUUUCAUUAUAGUUCAGACCUCAUUCAGCAUUACAGAACUCAUACCGCAGAGAAAACCUAUAAAUGUAAUCUGUGUGGAGAAAGCGUUGGCCAGUGUCCCCACAUCAACCAAUAUCCUAAAAGCUAUUCCAGCCUGAAAGCCCAUCAGUGUAAUGAAUGUGGCAGAGGCUUUGCUCUGCAGUCACAUCUCAAUCAGCAUCAGAGGAUCCACACUGCUGAGAAACCCUUUCAGUGUAAAGAAUGCGGCAUGAGUUUCAGUUGGAGUUGUAGCCUCUUUAAACAUCUGAGAAGUCAUGAGAGGACAGAUCCCAUAAAGACCUGAGGUGUCUAGAGGUUCCUAUCAUAGAACAGCUCUUACACAAUUUUAGAGACGCCUUCCUGAAGAGUAACCCUAUUCCUAUAACAAAUGUAGUCACAACCUCAAGCAUCUUCUUCAGCGUAGCCAUCAAACCUACAGAUAUGUUGAGAUCCUUCAUUUAGAACUUAGGACACCGGAGCAUCCACAGCAAGUACAGAUCUGCUUUCCCAAUGGGGAAAGCAGAAAAAUACGGUGGGCGGGGGGGAAGCCUUCAGAAGGCACUCAUUCUUCACGUGAGUCUAAAAACAUUGACACUGGGAGAAGCCUCAUGAACUCGGUAGAAAUAAGCUUCAUUUGUAGUUUCUGCCUUGUUUGACAGCUUAUCUAUUCAGGGAAUAGCACAGUGAAAGAGAGAAACUUCAGCAUGAUCUUGGUGUUGGUAUCUCAGCAACGAACCUCAGCGGUAAUGCCAGCCACUGGAAUGCUCCAGGGGUCAUUCCCAUCUUGAGUAUUUUAAACCCUUUGAAAAGAAAUUGAUUUUUAAAGUAUUUAUAUCUGGGUGCAGAUGAGGUUCAGAGGCUGGGUGGUAUGUGUUCUUGCUGCCUUAUUCAGUCAACAACUUCUUCAUGAAACACACUCUACCUUUUUGUUUUGUCUUUGAUUCUCCUGGCACCAUGGUUAGCUAGUAGAAAAGAAGUUACGUUUUAAAUUCAGGAGAAACUGUGUUGGUCUGUCAUGUCUUAGGGAGAGGGGAGUGGGACCUUAGGGGAAUAGAGCAGACAGGCCAGGCUGUGGACUGGUGUUUAUUCUGUUACCCACACAAAUGAGGGUAACUUUGUCCACAGAAGGAGUUGGACCAAAUUGAAUUGAGAAUUGAGUUGUGGUCCAAGCAAUAUGUGUGCCAACUCCCAGUUGCCCUGGAGUGGAUCUCCCCAAUAGGAUAGUGGAUAAAGAAUGAGUUUCUACUUGGGUUGCCACUGGAUUGGAGAGUAAACAUUCAUAGAAGGAGGGAGGUCCGGGUCUGGUGCACCCUGCCUUUUGGAAAGGUCUUAGAAGGAGUGAUGGGGGAAGACGAUGACAUGGAAAAGAACGUUAACACAAACCUGUUUGCUAGAGAGACGGUGAGAGGCGUUUGGGCACCACUGAAGUCCUGCUUCUGCUGAUGGCCUGAAUUACAAUAAACACCUAAUGAAUA